AUGGCCGCCAGACACUCAGGCACUGGGCUGCUGCACGCAGCCUCUCCCAGUGCGGCUCUUGCGCGCCGUUACUCGUCCAAGCCGCAACAGCUGGAUAUCGCAUCUAUAUUGGCACAGCCCACAUGGUCAGUCCGGUCUCUGCUUCCAGAGCCGAACAAACCCCCAUCGGUGGUCAAUGUCACGCCGCAGAAGCUGCGUCAUCUUCUACGCCUUUCGGCUUUGCCACAGCCUUCCAGUCCGGUGGAAGAGCAGUCGAUGCUGAAGACUCUUGAGUCACAAAUUCAUUUUGUGCAAGAGAUGCAAAAGGUUGACACAUCAGGAGUUGAGCCGUUGCGUAGCAUUCGCGAUGAAAGUCCAGCAGCCGUGAAAGAGACGACAAUAACGCUCGACCUGCUGCGAGAUGCAUUCGCCCAAGAGCACAUCAGUGGCCGACGACGAAGAGUUCAGCGAUUGCCCAAGACGAGGACAUGUCAUCCCGAGGCCGACAUUUGGAACGGAAAUGCGCUUGAUUUUGCGACGAAGAAGAAGGGCCCUUAUUUUGUAGUUGACACGAAGGCGGGUCAAUCACCAUGA